AUGACAAUUAUUCUUUAACUUAAUAUAUUUUUAUAUUAUUUAAUCAAAUAGUUUAUUUAAUAAUUCAUAUAAAUGUAUCUCUAAAAUACAAAAAUGUUAUUUUUGUUAUUUUAAAUUAAAUAUUUUAAUAAUUUAAACUUAAAUAUUAAUUUGCUCAUUUAAUUUAUUUUAUCAAAAUAUUUUUUUUAAAGCUAAAUAAGCAUGCUUUAAAUCAAUUAAAUUUUAAUUUAAAACAAAAAAUUAAAAAUUCAGUGUAAAAACAUAUUUAAUAAUUUAAUUUAAUUCAAUCAAAUCAUUUAUUCAUAUAAAUCGUAGAAGCAGGCGGACGGAUUUAUAUUUAAUUAUUGCUUUAUGAAUUUAUCAAAAAUAAAAAGUUGGUAAAAGAUAAAUUGUUUUUUAUCCAAAUAAGCAUUAAAAAACUAGCUUGUAAUCAGAUCAGUUUCAAAAAAGAGUAAAUCAGUAUUUAAACCUAGCUAUAAUUCUUAUUCCUGA